AUGAACUUUACUCUGCAUGCUGUUGAAGCUCUACAAGACUGGUUUCACAUGCACUCUGACACGCCUGCUCAAAUGAAUACAGACCUAGGCAGGAUCACUUUGCUGUCUCCAAAAAUUGCAAACGAAAUUCGUAAUGACAAGAGGCUUAGCCUCUCCAAAUGGACUGCCCAUGGGUUUCAUGCAAAUAUUCCUGGAUUUGAAGUGUUCCGUGAAGGGUCUAGUGACUCUUGCAUUGUACAAUCGGUCAUCACCAAGCACCGCACUAAACGCUCGUCAGGGGUGACCGUACCCUUGAUAGAGGAGACUUCACUGAAACAUCUACACAAUUUCCAGCAGACCAUUCACCUGCAAGAAUAUAUUCUUGGUCUCGUAUCUCGUAUUUCUUCGCGUGUCUUUUUGGGCCCAGAGCUUUGUCGCAACGAAAAAUGGCUCCAUGUUACACGAGAGUUUACCAUCACUAUAUUCAGCGCGAUUAUGCAACUCCGGCGGUGGCCAUGGCCCACAUGCCCAGUAGUGAACAUGAUCGGCCCAAGUUGUCGUCGGGUCCGUGAGUUAAUCAAGGAGGCUCGGCGAGUGAUCCAGCCCAUCAUCAACAGCAGGCGAAAGUUGAGAGAAUCCGAGUCGCAGGCCACCGGCUUCUUUGACGAUGCUAACGAGUGGUUGGAAAAUGAGGCCAACGGUCGUGCAUACGACCUGGCAAUAUCUCAAAUGACACUUGCGAUGGCGGCGAUUCACACAACUACUGACUUGGCCUCUGUCCUUAGCGCUCACGGAUGGCAAAGAACUUCGCUAUAUAAAAUGAAGUUACUGGACUGUAUCAUCAAAAAGAGAAACCCACUGAAGUCAAUUAGCAGUGCCCCAAAACAUCACUUGGCUCAACUUGUGACCGCUAGCUUCAGACACCUUGGAUUUGGCUAUAGACAACACGCCUGCCCUGGACGAUUCUUUGCCGCAAACGAGACUAAGGUUAUAUUUGUAGAAUUACUACUAAAUCUCGACUUAGAACUGCCACACGGGGCCACACCACGGUCUGUAAAGCUGUCGUUGUGA